AUGGGUCAGCUACCUCUCAAUGUUGCAGGGGCACUGUCGGUGUGGAUGGAGGUUCUGUUGUAUGGGAUGUACUGUAGUCUUUUCUUCGAAAGCGUCUGGAUUAUAGUGAAGAAGCAGAAGAAGCAGACGACUCCUUCGAAAAUAUUCUUUGGAGCUACAGUGACCAUGUUCAUUUUCGCAACACUUCACAUAGCUCUGAACCUGUAUCGAUUUCUACGAGGCUAUGUAUGGCUGGCUGCAGACCCCGGUCCAGUGGCGUACUUCAACGAUCUAGGACGAUGGGAUAAUAUUGCACACGACGCCAUCAAUGCUAUUGUUACCUGGAUCGGGGACUCAUUAGUCAUCUAUCGAUGCUUCGUGGUAUGGGGACAAACUUUCUAUGUCAUCAUAGUCCCGACGUUGUUACUUAUCCUCAGUAUAAUUGCCAAUAGUAUAGCCUUGCACUUAUUCACGAAAGUGCAGUUGGGCGCUAUCUUCUCCCCGACUCUGGUCCAUUGGAUGAACACCAUUUAUGCCGUGGCAUUUGUGCAGAACACCAUGACCACCGGCCUCAUUGCGUUCCGUAUCUGGCGCCAAGACAGAGAGACGCGGCGUGCGAUCGGAAUCCAGACCUGGAGAAGCGGGCAUAGUCUCCUGCCGCUCGUCCGCAUCAUUAUCGAAUCAGCCAUGGUAUAUGUGCUGGAAGUGCUUGUCCUCAUCAUACUCUACGCCUUGGGCCACAACGGCCAAUACGUAGUUCAGGAAGCCAUCGUUCCUACUGUCGGCAUCGUCUUUACCUUGAUAACAGUGCGGGUUGCGAUCCGAAACUCCAGAGCCAUGAAGAGCACUACUGCUGCCAGUGCCACCAGACCACUAGAGCUACGCAUCCGCAGCACGUAUACAAUGCCAUCCUCUACAGAGGACAUUGGCGCCAAAGAUGGUCGCGUGCCUGACUAUUCUUGCGAUGGCAGUCAAGUUUCAGGCGUUGCGCCAAAGAGGGACUCGUCUGCGGUCCAUGUCUUGACAUCGCCGACGUUUUCUCCAGGUGAGCUAGACGAUAGAGAGCGUGAGGGGGAUGCCAGUGAGAAUGUGUAA